AGAGAGAGAGAGAGAGAGACGGGAGAGUUCUAUCUUGUGAAUUUGGAGGAUUGGCGGGGAUUAGGCUCCGUAGCCGUUCGAUUGGUGAGGGACGGUAGUGCUUCGCAAUGGUUCCGAUGUUCGGAAUGGAGAAACGUGGGAAAGUAGGUCUUACGUUCUAAGUUGCUGUGCCAAAGAGACUCUUCUUGUCCCCUCUCUCUCCCCUCUCUGUUUCUGCUUCCAAUUUACUUUGCCUUCCAAUUGUCUUCUCCACCGGAAGCGAUGGCGCUCGCUUCAGUCUCCCUUUUGGUACCCAUAAAAUCUACGAAACUCUCAUCGCUACCACCAUCUUCUUCUUCUUCUUCUUCCUCCUCCUCCUCUUCUUCUUCUUCUUCUUCUUCUUCUUCUUCUUCUUCUAGGGUUCUCGGUGCUCUCAAGUCUUCCCCAAAGCCGUUCUUAGUCAGGUGCCAAGGCGAAGCAGAAACCGAACAUCAGAUUCACGGUGAGUUCAACAAGUGGAAGACGCUAGUUCCGGCAGCAUUGGCGGCUGCAGCGGUGACCUUCGGCGCCAACAUGUCGGCCCUUGCGGAUCUCAACAAGUACGAAGCGGAAACAAGAGGUGAAUUCGGGAUAGGAUCCGCCGCACAAUUUGGUUCUGCAGAUCUCAGGAAAGCAGUUCAUGUGAACGAAAACUUCAGAAGAGCCAAUUUCACAGCUGCCGACAUGAGAGAAUCCGAUUUCAGUGGGUCAACAUUCAAUGGUGCAUACCUAGAGAAAGCUGUUGCAUACAAGGCUAAUUUCUCAGGUGCGGAUUUGAGUGACACAUUGAUGGAUCGCAUGGUUCUGAAUGAAGCCAAUCUAACAAAUGCUGUGCUUGUUAGAACUGUCCUCACCCGUAGCGAUCUUGGUGGUGCUGUUAUAGAAGGAGCUGACUUCAGUGAUGCUGUUUUGGAUCUUCCCCAAAAACAGGCUCUUUGCAAGUACGCAAGCGGCACGAAUCCUACAACAGGGGUAAGUACCAGGGUGAGCCUGGGCUGUGGAAACAGUCGGCGCAAUGCCUACGGUACCCCUUCCUCCCCUCUUUUAAGUGCUCCUCCCCAGAAACUUCUUGAUAGAGAUGGAUUCUGUGAUGAAACCACUGGUCUUUGUGACACCAAAUAGUUCAUAAUAUCAGCAACCAAAAGAAGAGAAGACAAUACAAAAACAAAGACAUCUGCUUCGACAGCUAAACUUUGUAGAUAAAUCCCCUAGUGUGACCCAUACCCUCGAAUCAUUGUUAGCACCAUGAUUCCAAUGCUUGGAAAUGACAAAUUUUUCUGCUAUAUAUGAUUCUGCUCAUAACAUCAUGUUAAUCCAUUGGAAUGCAUUUGAUUUGCAUCA